AACAAAAUGUAAAUGUUCAUAGUAAUUUCAAGUUUAAAUUUAUACAAAAUUUUUAAAAAACAGGGGGAAUUAUUAAAAUUUAAAAAAAUAAAAAAAGAAACUUAUAUUUUAAAAUGGCUUCAAAAAUUAGAGUACAAGUCGAUGAUGAUAUUAAAAUAUGGAAAUUUCUUAUAGAACCAGAAUGGACAAAAAUUAAACAUUUAGGAAAAUAUCUGAAAGGAAUCUUUAAUUUAGAAAAAAUUUUUAUUUUGGAUGAUGAUGGCUUUUUGCAUCCAAACAGUAAUAUUAGUUAUUUACAUUGUAUGGCUAAAAAUAACGAAAUAUUAACAAUUAAAAGUUCCCUUAAUUUGAAAAAUGAAUCUUUCGUUAGAGAAAAUUCUCCAAAAAGAAAGAAACCCAAACCAUUUAAGUGUCAACAAAACGAAAAUAGUGAUUUAAUUUCUGAUACUACACCAAUUCUGAAACCUGAACCUGAGAAAAUAAAACAAAAUGGUUUAAAUAAAUUGACAGAUCGAAUGGCAAAUUUUUCUCAAAUUUUGAAUUCGUUUUCAACUGAAGGUGUGUUAAAUGGAGACCACCCAAAAAAGACUAAUAUCUUUAAUCAUGCAAAUGAAAUUGGUGAAGCAAUGUUCGAAAUUCCAAGAAAGCGGAGAGUACGGAAGAAAAAAGAAAGAAAACUUCUUUCACCUGAGAAAUCAGAAACUUUAAGAUUUCAGAAAACGCCAACACAAAUUUUACAGACAAAAAAUAUAACGAAAUCGGAAAAUGAAAAAAAACUAAAUAAUGUUAAUCAAUCUAAAGAACAUGAUAAAACACAUAUUCGUUUUGAUGAUUCUGGAGAAGCUGUAACUAAGAAAUCGGUUGCUAGCAUAAUUUUUGUUGAUUAUCUGGACAACCCAGAUCUUAAAAAGCCUAGAGAUAUCAGACCUAUUAAAGUUAAUGUAAAUAAUGAUAACUGUGCUGGAAAAGUCCUCGAUACCGAUACUAAUAUUUCUCAAGAAACAGAAUAUAAUUCUAAUAAUUCUGAUAAUAAAGAAUCAACGACUGAAACUAUUGAAUCAAAAAUUUCUGCAGAAUUUUUAAAUCAUAAACUUGAAAAAUGGGAUGAUUUCCCAAAUUAUGAUGCUAAUUGUAAUUCGGAUGCUCUUCAACAAGAAAUAGAUUCAAACAAUCAAGAAAAACCAAAAGUAGUAGUGAUUUCUAAUGAAAUUAUUACUAAUGGAGUGAAUUAGAUUGUUUUUCUAAUCAGAAUAAAAAAUUUUGCAUUUUUGUUAUUAAACUUUUUGAAAAACGGACGCAUAUGUGAAGAGCUUAAUAAUUGAUUAUAUUAUAUUACAUAUUUAUAUUUGUUAAAAUGUUAAGCGUAAAAACGUUAAUAAAUAAAUUUGUAAAUUAUGUACGCAUAUAUGUAAAACUAAUCAAAAUAAGAAAACAAUGUCUUGUUCAUUCUAUA